CCUCCUUGCAGUCAGGCUAGACCCAGACGAUGGCUCCCGAAAGCAACGCGAAGCUCCAUCUGUUUUACCACCUGUAUGAAAUAUGCAUGAGUAAGAGCAAGGAGGUACUGCAGCAGGUACUGGAGUGGGGAACCCCCGGCCGGACGACGAGCAUGAGUUUCCUCGAGUACCUGAUCCUGGUGAAGGGGAUUUCGAUGGUGAAGAUCCGCAAAGGGUUUAAUCAGAGCCAGCGGAAGAAGCUGGAGAAGAUUUCGGAGCCGAGUAACUACGACAUAUCGUUGCUGUGUCAGUGCAUCAAGUAUGCGUGCGGUGGCCUCGCCCCGCCCGGAGACAGCAGGUGGGUGGAUUCGACGGACACCCUCGAGCGCUACAUCACCUCCAUCAAGACCUUUCGGAAUGACAUCCUGCACGAGGAGUUCACCAUCGACGAGCAGAACUUCAAUCUCAAAACAGAGCAGCUGAGAACUUUGUUGAAUAACACUCUCAAGGAAGCAGCAGUGGUCUAUAACAUAGAUGAGAUGCAUGCCAAACACAUUCUGGAGAAGCUGAACACAGACAUCAACACGAUCAGGGAUGAGCCUAUAGCUGGAUUCUGUAAAAGCAGUAUAGACUUUGAUAAGCUGCGCCUGAUUGUCAAGAUUGAAGGCAAACUAGAAUUGAAAAGAAAAUACAGAAACAUGUCUAGUAUUAAGCCAAUGUCAAACUUACAUGAUAAACACCUGCAGGUAAGAGUGCGAGUGGACAAAGUUUUCACCCAGAUGGAAAUCAAACAAGAAAAUUUGCGUUUUCCUGAAAGCCAUAAGGAAUUCGUGACAUUCGAACACUUGCUAGAGUUGGUGGAGGAAAAGCAAGUUCAGAAUCACAAGAACAGCUCUGCUCUGUUGGUCGAGGGUCCUGCAGGCGUUGGCAAAACAACGCUCAUAAGAAAGAUAAUAAGCGACUGGGCCUCGGGUGCCAGUGCGAUGAGAAACCUCCUAGACUUCGACUUUGUCAUCAUGGCCGAAGGCAGAGCAAGAGAGGGAGACUCCCUCGCCGGCCUCGUGCAGUCUCUCCUGUCGACGACAAGUCGGAAAGUCCAGAAGGAACACUUGAUGGGAUGCAUCCGAGAGAAUAAACUUCUGUUCAUCUUUGAUGGGCUGGAUGAGCUCAAUUCGUCAUCAGAAGAAGUGCUCAAAGAUAUCUUCAAGUUGGGAGAAACCGACGAUAUCAUUGUUCUGUGCACAACACGCUCGAACAAAGUACCUUGUUUCAAGAGAUAUGUACCUGACUGCUUUAAUAUAGCACACGUGAAGAUCAUAGGAAUAGCAGAAGGCAACCGGGAAAAAUUUGUAACAAAAUACUGUCGGGCCUUACAGACCGGUGGGGAAAGGAAAGACAUCUCGGGUCUUCUUCAGUACCUGCGAAGAAAAGACCGUCACUUGCAGGAGCACUGGAGGCUGGCUUUCAACUUAGUCCUCGUGUGCAUAUUGUGGUUCUUGAAUCCUGAUACCGUAAACGGGCUGACCACAACGGCAGAGCUCUACAUGGCUACCCACGAACUGUGCUAUAACAAGCUAAAGAAGAGACUAUUCGAUAGCGACACGUCUAAUAAUCUAGAUUCUAAGAAGAUUCAGAAAAAACUGGCAAUUUUUCUGAAGAGACUCCAGGAGGAGGCACUGAUCUGUCACUUCAUGGAUGAGAUUGUGUUGUCUGAUGCGUCAGUCACCCGACUCGAGGACACCUGUCGAGUCUUGGGCUUGCCUCACUCCGAGGUUCUCAGCUCCUUCCUGAACCAGAUAGAUUCAUGGACGGAUGAAACCGAGAAGAAAUACAUCUUCCCUCAUAAAGGUCUUCAAGACUUCUUCAGUGCACUGCAUAUCAGGGAAUCCCUUCUGGCUAGUGAACAGGAUCUGGACAUUCAGCGAGUCCUGUCUGGCCUAAAGACUCUUCUUGAAGACAUUGAAGUUCCAUUGCCCAUCCGUGAGCACAUUCUAGUAAAAAACACUGAACUACUGGAAGCGGCAAACGAAGAUAUAUCAAAGACGCCACGCUCCAUCAUGAGUGUUCUAGAAGAAACAGCCAAAGAAGCUACAAAGUAUAGAGCAAAUGAAAAACGGGCAAUGGCGAUAGAUAUAGCUAAAUGCCAGAACAUCAUCAUACAACUUACUGGACUCCUUAGCGCAAAGGGCAAAACACUGAAGGAGAGUAGAUGUGCCGAAUUAGUGGGUUUACUAAAGGACACAGGAAUAAGGGAGAGAUCUCAGUGGCUUGACCGCCUACCGGACAUAAAGUGCGACGCAGUAGUCAGCAGACACAUAGCACGAGCAAUGGGUCUCACAGGCUGGAUAGAAAUAACCGAGGCCUCGACACACGCAUAUUCCGUUGUGUUGGGACACGCUGAGCCCUCCGCUGUGGUCCUUGACGUCGAAGGCCAAACCGAAGGACUCAGCAAUCUGGAGGACCUUCUGUUGCAGAUGGAGGAGAAGGACUGGGAUGUUUACCUAAUUUUGAAAAGCAGUUUCCGGAAUCCAAGAGAAUGCGGCAGCACCUUCGACAGUCUCCAGCGUUUUAUUCAAAAGUCGCGCGUCGCCGUCAGGUGGUUCCGUGGGCGCCUGAGCGGGGCGUCGACGGCCGCGUUGCCGCCCUGCGUGGAAAGGCUCGACCUGCUCGUGCGCGACAGCGACCACUACGGCGCGCUGCUGCCCUUCCUGUCGGAGCUGACCACGCGGCUGCCUCGGCUGCAGCUGCUCUGGUUGCACGUGGCGGCCGAGGUAGACGCGACGCUGCUGCAGCCGCUGCCGGAGGAGCUGCCGCAGGUGGUCCUGACGCUCGACGGCGUGUCUGAGGCCACGGUCGGGUGGGCGUGUCGGGUCGUCCGCGCGCUCCGGCCCCGCGGAGGGUACUUGGACUUGGUGUUUCCCGGCCUCUUGCAGCGCCCAGACACCUUCGCCCACCUGCUGGAAGGCCUUGGCCGCGUGGGCGUGAGGGUGGAGAACGCCGUGUUCGCCUCUCCCUGCGCCGCCCACGAGGUCAAGCAGCGGCUCCACGACCUCGUUCGUCGGGAGCUGGGAUGUGACUUUAUUGCACAUAGCGACAACUACCUCUGGACACUCCACAGUGAUUGUCAACCUAUGCGUCUCGACACAGCAUCAUGUCGCACUCGAAUUCAAAUGUGUCGCCAGAUUACAAAGGCUGAGAACCACUGGUCUAGGGAUUGA